ACCCCGGCCCCUCUCGGGCUGCAGGGGGCGUCGUGAGGCCGUGAGGGCCCCGCGUCCUCGGCUCUGCCUCUGCGCAUCUCGGCGCGGCGCCCGCCAUGAGUGGGGCCACGCGCAGCGGCCUCGACAUCUCGAGGCGGAAUCCCCAGGACGACUUCGAGAUCAUCCAGAGGAUCGGCAGCGGAACCUAUGGCGACGUCUACAAGGCGAGGAACAUGCGUUCGGCAGACCUGUCAGCGAUUAAAGUCAUCAAGUUGGAGCAGGGAGAUGACUUUGCCGUCAUCCAGCAAGAGAUCAUCAUGAUGAAGGAGUGCAAGCACCAGAAUAUCGUCGCAUACUUCGGCAGUUACCUGAGGCGUGACAAGCUGUGGAUUUGCAUGGAGUACUGUGGGGGAGGCUCUCUACAGGACAUUUACCAUGUGACCGGACCUCUGCUGGAGCCACAGAUCGCCUACAUGUGCCGGGAAACGCUGCAGGGCCUCGCGUACCUGCACAGUCGUGGAAAGAUGCACCGCGAUAUCAAGGGAGCCAACAUCCUCCUCACGGACCAUGGGGACGUCAAGCUGGCUGAUUUUGGAGUUUCGGCACAAAUAACUGCGACGAUUGCCAAAAGGAAAUCCUUCAUCGGCACGCCGUACUGGAUGGCACCAGAGGUGGCGGCCGUGGAGAGGAAGGGCGGCUACAACCAGCAGUGCGACGUGUGGGCCGUGGGCAUCACCGCCAUCGAGCUCGCCGAGCUGCAGCCGCCACUCUUCGACCUGCACCCCAUGAGGGUUCUCUUUCUCAUGUCAAAGAGUGGCUACCAGCCGCCGAAACUAAAGGACAAGGGUCGCUGGUCGCCCGUCUUUCACAACUUCAUCAAGCUGGCGCUCACCAAGAACCCCAAGAAGCGGCCCGCGGCGGAGAAGCUGCUUACGCACGCUUUCUUCCAGCAACCACUGAACCGCGCACUGGCGCUGGAGCUGCUGGAGAGAGCUAGCAACCCCGAGCAGCACCACACGGCACAGAGCGCGUCUGAUCAGGACGACGAGGACGCUGAGCGCAAGAACCUCUCCCUGGUGAAGGUCCCCCCCACUCCUCAAGGCCCCCCAACCCUCAAGACCCCCUCCACUGCUGCCCCCAAAUGCCCCUCGACACUCCGGGCCCCAACCCAGGGCCCCCAAACUCUCAAAUCUCCUCUUCCUACUCGGGCAGCACCCACGCCACCAGGGCCCCCAAAAACACAGGAACACCAUAAUUUACCAGCACCCCCCAAGAUACAAGAGCCACCUACCCUCACAGGGCCACCCAAAACUGAUGGACCCCUUACUUUACCAGGGCCCCAAAAAAUACAAGGGCCCCCUACACUUACGGGGCCUUCGAAAAUACAGCCCCCCCCUAACCUACCAGGGACUCCCAAAAAACAGGGACCCAUAACUCUUCCAGGCCCAACUAUCCUGGUAGUGUUUUCCAAGGCCCAGAGAGCCCCUACCCUCCUAGUGCUCCCCAAAACACAGGGGCCCCCUACCGUCCCAGGGGCCCCCAAUAUACAGGGACCCCCUCUCCUUCCAGGACCUCUCAAAACACAGGAACCUCCUACCUUACCAGGUCCUUCCAAAAUACAGCGAACCCCUCUCCUUCCAGGACCCCCCAAAACACAGGGGCCUUCUACCCUUCCAGGUCUUCCCAAAGUACAGGGACCCCCUAUCCUUCCAGGACCCCCCAAUAUACAGGGACCCCCUAUCCUUCCAGGACUCCCCAAAACACAGGAACCUCCUACCUUACCAGGUCCUCCCAAAAUACAGGGACCCCCUAUCCUUCCAGGAGCCCCCAAAAUACAGGGACCCACUCUCCUUCCAGGAGCCCCCAAAAUACAAGGGCCUCCUACCUUACCAGGUACCCCCAAAAUACAGUGUCCCCUGACCCUUCCAAGCCCCCCGAAAAUACAGGGACCCCCUACCCAUCCAGGCCCCCCCAAAACACAAGGAGCCCCUGCCCUUCCAGGGCCCUCCAAACUGCAAGGACCCCCUACCUUGUCAGGGACCCCUACUUCUCAGGAUCCGCCCUCCAUCCCAGGACCUGUCAACCCUGGGGGGCCCUUCGCCUUUGCUGGAGCCCCCCCCGUCACUGUGCAGAGCAGCGGCCCCCCCCCUACUCUGCAGCCAGCGCUGGUGGUGCCACGCCGCAUCCCCUCCAACAACAAGCACGACCGCGCUGAGCGCACGCGCUCCGAGAUCACAUUUGACCAGGUGACCUUUGAUCCUCCGUUGAGGAAAGAGACGGUGCCACAUCACGACCUGCCCCACGCGGGCCAGGAGGGUGCGGACGAGUUGUACUUCACGGCACGGCCCUUCCUGGACAUGCAGGAGGAGUAUGAGCUGGGCAGUGGGUGGUCAACCUACCCCAAGGAACCCACGUCCUCCAAGAGCCUCCUCAAGUCUGUGGAGGAGGAGUUACAGCAGAGGGGUCACAUGACACACCUGGAUGACGAUGAUGAGUCUGAACACUGCACCCUGAAGCGGGCGCCACCACCACCCAUCCCCACAAAGGCGCGUGGCACCGGCAGCUCGGAGGAGAGCACACCGGACGAGGAGCGGUGCGCCACCAUCCGCAGCGUGGCACCGGGGGGCACGGGGAGCAUGCGCGGAACCCCCCCUCCUCCACGGCCACCACCCCCCCGCCUUUCCCCCCGGGGCGGCCCCCCACCACGGCCGCUAGGACCUCCCCGGCCCCCUCCAACCUCCGUCGAGGGAGAGGAAAAAUCGGCGACCGUGGGGGCAGCUCCCCCCAGGCCAUCGCAGCUCGCACCCCAGGGCUCCCCUGACACCUCCACGAACGGAGUGCUGCCCAACGGUGAGCGGGGGGCGUCGCCUGCGGCAGUGGAGGUGGAGCGGGACUCGCAGGGGGCCUCCGUGCCCCCCACCGUGCCCCCCCGGACUCUGAGAGGGGACAAAGACAAAAUGGAUGCCCAAAAGCAGAGCAUCAACGGGCUCCCACCGACUCCGAAAGUGCACAUGGGCGCAUGCUUCUCCAAGGUGUUCAAUGGCUGCCCACUCCAUAUCAACUGUGCGUCAUCCUGGAUCAACCCCGAGACUCGCGACCAGCACCUCAUAUUCGGGGCUGAUGAGGGCAUCUACAACCUCAACCUCAACGAGCUGCACGAGGCCAGCAUGGAGCAGCUCUACCCCCGCCGCUGUUGCUGGCUCUAUGUCGUCAACAAUGUGCUCAUGUCCAUUUGCGGAAAGACGUCCCAGCUCUACUCGCACAGCCUCCUCGGCCUGUUUGAGCAGGCGAGGAGACAGCACAGCCUUCCCGUGCACAUCCCCACACACCGCCUCCCCGACCGCAUCAUACCACGGAAAUUUGCCGUUUCGACCAAGUUCCAGGACACCAAAGGCUGCCAAAAGUGCUGCGUAGUGCGUAACCCCAGUACUGGAAACAAGUACUUGUGCGGCGCGCUGCAGUCGGGCAUCAUACUUCUGCAGUGGUACGAGCCCAUGCAGCGCUUCAUGCUCAUCAAGCACUUUGAGUUCCGGUUGCCGGUGCCACUGCGCGUGUUCGAGCUGCUCGUGGUGCCGGAGCACGAGUUCCCGCUCGUGUGCGUGUCGGUGAGCCGUGGCACCGACCCCGGCCAGGCCGUGCGGCUUGACACCAUCAACCUCAACUCGGCCUCCUCCUGGUUCACCGAGACCAGCACCGGCGGCGCACCCCUGGAGCACGUGCACGUCACUCAGCUGGAGAAGGAGACUUUGUUGGUGUGCACUGACAGGUGUGUACAGAUCGUGAAUCUGCAGGGACGCCUCAAGUCCAGUCGCCGAAUGGCGACCGAGCUGCUCUUCAACUUCCGCAUUGACUGCAUCGUAUGCCUGCAGGACAGCGUGCUGGCGUUCUGGAAGCAUGGCAUGCAGGGCCGCAGCUUCCGCACCAACGAAAUCACUCAGGAGAUCGGCGACCAGACACGCGUGUUCCGCAUGCUGGGCUCAGACAGCAGGGUGGUGGUGCUCGAGAGCCGGCCGACAGACAACCCGGUCGCCCAGAGCAACCUGUACAUCCUGGCAGGACACGAGAACAGCUUCUGAGGAAGGGCCCUGGGGCCUCGUGUGCCCCCCCCUACCCCACGUAGCCCCCCCCCCCCCUUCCCGAUGUGGCCCUGCCGGAGCUUCGCUUGCCACUGGAACUGCGCCUAAUCGCUCACGAAACGACGAGGGAAGUGGCCUCACGGCGCACGCGCCGACCUGGGGGGGGCCCGUGAUAAGCGGAGUGCGGGGGACACGGGGGGCCCCGCCGCCACCGUAUAGGAAGGGGCCGGAACGGGGCCUCCGCUCGGUGCCAAGUGACUUGCGGAAGCGAGGGGAGACAGGGCCCCUCUCUAUACGGGUCCCCGAGAUGCCUGGAUGGGGCCGAACCCCGGGAGGGACUGGGGCCCCCAGGGCCCGCAGCCGCCGUUCAUGACGACGCAGAAACGUGCAGGGCCCCCACGCCGCCCCCCCCCACACAGACGCUUCGUUUUUUUAAGUUUAUUUACACCUUUUGCCAAAGCGUAAGGUCUAUCAAAGUUAUAGAUUUGUUGAAAAUUUUAUUGCCGAUAUGUUUUAGAGCUCUCUAAUAUUUAAUAUUGGUGGCAGGUGUACUUGAGAAGUAUAAAUCCGAGCACUUUGCUGGAGUGUAAUAUAUAAACAUGUAACAAGUUAUAAUUUUAUAAGUGCAGUCAGUAAAAUUCGCCGGCUUCGCACGGCUAGCGUGGCUGCAGUGGCAUAUGGCUAAAAGUUCUGCUGGGUGGGGAGCCCUCCACGUCGGUGGUCAGGUCUCUACCAAGGCCAUCGGCUGCCAAGGCAACUCUCUCCUCUUCGGCAAAAGCGUUUUGUACACGUACCACGCAGUCUAUAUUACAGUAUAUGCAGUAUACGCGCGCAUUACCCUGCACGCAUGCAGCCUGGGGGUGGGCGACGUAUCCCGUCCCCAUGGCCGCGCACACACACUACCUUCGCGUCCUGGUUUAUGCAAUAAUUAUUUCCGCAUUUGAACGAGUCAACUCCCCUUAUUUGGAGGCCUCGUGAGACACGGCGCGUGUGGGCUCAGGUGAGGCGGGGACUGGGUCCACAUAGGUGGUGGCCUGGGUGCCCUGGGUGGCUGGCAGUGUGAACACUAAUUACCGAAAGCAACCGUAAGUUGAAAGUGGAGCCUGGUGAAACACUGGUGCUGGGAGCCCAUGAAUUAAAUAUCACACUUUAGGGUUGCGGUUUGGUUCAAGAAUGCAUGAAUUUCUUUACAUUACUAGUAAUGCAGCGUGUCCACUCGUACAACAUGAGUGAAGAUGAGUAAUUUAUUCCAUUUUCAUGGGCAUAGGAAUAGACAUGAAUCAAGUUGCAUUCCUCAAUCUGGGUUAGGGUCAAUGACAUGGCUAGUACUUGUGGUGGCUCGCUUGUUGGUUAGGGUUCGUGGGAUGGCGAGUACUCGUGGCUAGCUAGUUGGUUAGGAUUAUGAUCAGUAGGAUGGCAAGCACUAGUGGUGGCUGGCUCGUUGGUAAGGAUUAUGAUCAGUGGGAUGACGAGUACUCGUGGCUGCCUCGUUUAAUCUGGGUUAUGAUCAUCGGGAUGGCCACUUGUGUCUGGCGAGUUGGUCUUAAUCAGUGGGAUAGCUAGUACUGGUGGUGGCUGGCUGGCUGGUUGGUUAUGGCUCUGGGGUAGCAUUGGUUGUCUGGUGGUGACCGUGCACACGCUGCUUGUCCUUUAUUAUUGUGAUGUAUGGCCCCUCAGUGUUCGGUGCCUCCGGCUUGUGGUGUUCACAUGGACCAGGUCUCCCUCCUCACUCGCGCCCCACCCCACGUUCCUCUCCCUGCCUGCGCGGGGCUGUAGUCUGCAUACUGGGUGGAGUUGAGGGUUGCAUUUGGUUGAGUUGAGCUGGGGGGAGUUGAGAUGAAGUGUAGUUUGGUGAAGUUGAGGGUUGAGUUGGGUGGAGUUGAGCGAUGAGUGGAGUUGAAUUGAGUUUUGUGGAGUUGAGUACUUGUAUGGAAUUGAGCUCGGUGGAGUUGAUGGUUGGAUUAAGUGGAAUUGAUUUGCAUUGAGUUAGGGUCGAGUUGGAUUGAGUUAGGGAUGAGUUGAGUUUGACUGGGUUGAACUGAGUAAAUUUGAGGGUGGAGUUCGGUUGCACUCUGCAUUGACCCCGGGGACCCCUUUCACGGGGAGGAGGAUGAGGGAGGGGGCUGCUUGUAUAGCAUAGCAAUGUACAUAACGUUUCUCGGAGGUCGCGCUGACGCGUGCAACCAUGUUCCCCGCAACCUCCACACACUACUGAAUGCGCUUUGCGGGGGUCGUGGAGGGGGCGAGGGUCGGGGUUCUGUUACACAGUGGAGUGGGGGCAGCGCGCCUCCCGACAGCAUGUGUCGUGUUCUGUGUAAAUAUUGUAAAAUACAAUGAGGACCGCAGUCGUGACGCCUCCCUUACUCCGGGAACCCCCACGCUGGCUACACACGGUCAACUAUCAACAACACCGCUUCACUAUAAACUAAAACCGGUCACACUAUCAAUUACACCGUUACACUUAUCAACUACACGACAUGGCCAACAACACUGCUAACUAUACCACAACACUACACUUUUAACUACGCUAAUUGCAACACUGCAUCUCCGACACCACGAAUUUCAUCCGCUGCACUGCACUCAGCUACACCACCAAUUCCACCACUCCACCUACAGGCUGUUUAACAGCAUGGUGCCAUCAGUGGCGUCAACCCACGGACAAAUCCAGCGGCAGCAGAGACGUGGACCCACUGGUCAGCAGAGAUCGCGAGGUCACCGAGAGCCUGGAGAGGGGGGCUAGCUGUUCAGUGGUCGGUUAAGUGAGAGCAAUUAUCUCACGAAUGUUCACAGGAGGGGAAUAUUUGAAUGGGAUGAACAUUGGAUGGUGGACGGCGGGCAAGAAUAAUAACGGGAGUGGCAGCUGUGGAUUUGAACGUAUCGGAGAUGUCCACCGAGAGGAUGGAGCGAUGACAUCGGUUAAUAUGCAGAAGACGCAUGGAUUGUUACACGAGGAUCGUGAGAGGGUGGCUGCGGCUUGGGAAAGUCCUCAUCCAGCAGUGGAUCGAUCACGUAAUUAGCUGCACUACGUUGAAACCUGGCGUUCCGUUUCCCCCAUGGUAAAAGCCGAUUGGCGUUCGCUGCUUAGUGGCGCAGACGACAUGAAAAAUCGAAUAAUCACGAACUACCCUCGGUGAUACAGGCGUCACAUUUGUCGAGUGUCCUGUGGUUACUUAAGAAAAACAUCAAAGAUGUUCACCACUGAUAUAUUUUUUCGUGGCUGCCUUUUUAGAAAAAAAAAACACGCACCAUUGUGAAUAUCUGGCAAGUUUCAUGUUUGUAUCACAAAUUAAACGAUUCCUGUGAAAAUA